AUGGCAGACUCCUGGCCAAGUCUAGAGCAGCUAUCUGUUAAGCACACCAGCCUGCAGCGAAUGUUUGAUGAGUAUGCUGAUUUCAGCUUCGACCUUUUCUACCACACAUGUCACUAUCCUCAGUCCAACGCAUCAUCCAGCUAUGUCGUCAGCCUGAUGUCCAAACUCAAUAUGAUCAUCAACACUUUGAAAGACAAUGUCCCCCAAGAAUUCAUGGAACGCCAAAUCACCCCACAAGUCGUACCAGCUCCAGCCGGAUCCUUUGAGGAUCCCAUCCCCAUUUCGAGUUCUGAGAGUGAAGCCUUCUCGACAGAUACUGAAGAAGCUACCGACAGGCUUACGGAGUAUGAUACUAGCAUGGAUGAAGACGACGACGAGAGCACCGAUUCACUUCCGGGUCCUCACAACUAUCCUCCAUCGUUGAUUCCCACAUGCAGCAGCAGCAGUGACGGCGGAAGUGACCUGUUUGGAAAUCACAAGCAUGAUAUUAUCAGUCAACGCCAGGGCAGCCUUAAACGUGAGGUCUCAACCAACUUUCAAGACUUAGAGAAUCUGUAUCGCGAGGCUCAUCAGCGUGGCAAUGGCACAAUCAAUGACUUCGCCGAUGACAUCGACUUUUUGCGCAAGUAUCGCCGAGAUUAUCAGAGCCCAGAACACUUUCCUAAAAGCUUUGACGAUAGCCAUUAUGGAAUCCAUGAAGCAGAUGCUGGCUCUCUUAGCUUUGACGCUAAUAGAUCUAAUACCCUUGGGAGCCAUGUGUUUCGCCGCGAUAAUCCCCUUGCAUGGGGCCCUUACACGAGACUCCAUCCGUGGUACUACUACUACGCCAAUAAACGAUCUAUGAACCCACAAUCUCAGCAUGCUACUCUUACUUCGCCGAUGGAGGACGCUUCAUCUACUAUGACUGCGGGUCAGGAAAGUAGGACUGCUCAGCCUGUUGCGACUCAGAGGGGUCGGAAUUUGAAGCGGCUUCCUGCUUGUGAUGAUUCGGUGCAGACUCCUCAGGUUUCGAAGCGCCGACGUGUUGGAUAA